AUGGAGCGAUCGUACAGAAACGCCAUUUCACUACUCGAGAGCAGAAAAGACCGUGUUAAGCCUAAUAGACGUAGCAGAGCCUCUCAACUACUCAGGAGAACAGGUUGUGGCAGUAGUGACGGAGAAGAUUCUUCCACAGAGCCAAAGAAUAACAGACUCAGUACACCAAGAGGCAAUCCAACCAAGCCCGGCAAUGAUGGUAUGAAUGAGUGGCUUGAAGCACUUGGAUAUACUCACCGAGAAUUCAACGUGAUUCACAUUGCGGGAACGAAAGGCAAAGCAUCUACUUGCAUGUUCGUCAAAUCUUUCCUCUCAUCUCAUGCUUCUAGGACAGGUGUCUUGAGAAAAAUUGGGCUCUACACCAAUCCCUACUCUCCUAACAUCCGUGAGCCAAUUAAGAUCAACGCAAAGCCAGUGUCAGAAGAUAAAUUUGCUAGAUAUUUUUUCCAGGUAUGGGAGAUUCUUUCCAGCAAAUUUGUUGAGACAAUGAUGCCGGAUUUCAUGCAAUUGAGGUUGUUGGUCGCUAUCUAUACAUUCAUGGGAGAAGACGUUGAUGUGGUGAUCAUGGAAACUCAUUGUGGAGGAGAAACGGACGCUACAAAUUUUGUCAAGCCAACAGCUGUAGGCAUCGCACAAAUCAACGCAGAUUAUAUUGAAGAAGGUGGCCCUUCUACUGAAGACUUAGCUUGGCAUGCAGGAGGCAUUAUGAAAAUUGACGCUCCUGCAUUUUCCAUUCCUCAAGGUCCUGAGAUAGGAAAAGUUCUCGAAACACGUGCCAAUGAAAAAGGCGCCGCGCUGAACUUCGUAACCGAGGAUCAUCGUCUUCCAAUCACCGCCCAUGCACUCAAAACCGACAUCAAGAGAUCCGAAUGCUCUCUUGCACUUGCACUCACAGAUGCAUAUCUCUUAUCUCUCUAUAGCGAAAAAUAUCCACCUCUCUCCUCUGAAGAUAUCUCAAUCGGACUCGAUCGAUUUUUCUGGCCCGGCCGAUUUCAAAGACUAGAAGUAGGACAGAAUUCCUGGUUUCUCGAUGGUGCGCAUCAUUUUCAAACGAUCCCCAAAGCUGCAGAAUGGUUUGCCAUGAGUGUUUGUGAAGAAGCAACGCUUUCUCCUUUCUCGUAUGCGAUUAGAAGGUUGAAACAAACAGUUUUCAAUUGCGAGGAGAAGGGAAAUCCAAAGGUAGUUGUUUUUGGGCAUCGGGCAAGAGGAGAUGGAGAGAAAGUUGUAGAGAGUCUUGCAAAGGCGUUGGACAAGCAUAGGUGCAAAGUUAAACAUGUCAUUUUUACAACAGAUUGGGAUGAUACCUCAAAAAUCACAGACUCAGACAUCUCCGCCAUGCGUUCCUACGCUCAAACAUGGCAAAAACUGUCUCCAAACUCCAGUAUUCUCCUCGAACCAAACAAUGCAGCUGCACUCGACUUAGCCACAAAGAUCGGCUAUCAAAACCAUGCUAUGGAAUGUUUAGUCACGGGAAGUUUGUAUCUAACGGGAAGUGCAUUGAGGCAUUUAGAUCCCACCGCGGAAAAAGUGUAA